GGGUUCAGAGCGUAGUGCAGCGAGGAGCAGUUGAACGAAGGCCAGCACCCGGCGCGGUUCUUUACUCACCCGGACACCUUACUCACAGGUUAAAUACUACGGGUCACCCCCCGGGUCAACGUAACCAAGCUCCCCAAAACUUCUGAACUCCGCACUCGAGGAGGCCAAAUCAAUUUCCGUCAAUAUUUACACGUUCGGUUUUCGCACCGGCCCAACUCCCCCCUCCCCCCGUCGGAUUUCAACGGGAUUUCGCGCUCGCGGUUUUGUGAUCUCCCCCACGUUGUGCGAAUUCCCCGGAUUUGUGGAUUAUACGACCUCAUGAUGGAUACAUUCCGAUUUUGUGAUGUGCAAUGAUUUUUCAAAGUUGACAGUGCGCGAUUUUUUAAAUUAGUUUUUUAUUAAUUUGUUUUUUUUUUUUUAAAAAAAAAAAACCCAAAAAUUGAUAUUUUUUUUCGGAUUGGAAGUACGGUGUGACUUGUAUGGAUAGACUAGUGAGCUUGGGAGGGAUGUUGUCGGCGUGAAGCUGUUGAUCUGUGAAAGUUCUGUCCGGGAGUCAGGCGGCGGCGAUCCGCCCCAAAACUCAGGCACAAUUAUUCUCCCGCACAACGCUCUGGCCGUGUGCCGUGCAGUCGGGGGUUUAUGUCCGCCCCCAGUGCCGUCGGGCGGCGGCGCACCCGCGGGUUUCUUCGGGCACCACCAGCCGGGGGGGCCGUCGGGGCCCGGGGACUUGGGGUUCUCGCGGGGGAUGGCCCUCGUGGCGUCCCCGUGGCGGGACCCGGGCGUCCUCGGCCACCACACCAGUGGCGCCGAGGAGGCCACCACCCUCGGCGCCGGCCUCAGGGAGCUCACCCAAAGUUCCACCCCCAGCGCCCAGUCGGGGGGCUCGUCCCAGGGCGCCAACGACAAAGGACAAAACAUAGAAUGUGUCGUUUGCGGUGACAAAUCCAGCGGCAAACAUUACGGACAAUUCACAUGUGAAGGCUGUAAAAGUUUUUUUAAAAGAAGUGUUCGAAGGAAUUUGACGUAUUCGUGUAGAGGGAGUAGGAGUUGUCCGAUAGAUCAACAUCAUAGGAAUCAAUGUCAAUAUUGUCGACUAAAAAAGUGUCUCAAGUCCGGAAUGCGUAGGGAAGCUGUGCAAAGGGGGCGAGUGCCUCCGAGCCAGCCCUCGGGGCUCCCGGCGCAGUUCGCGCUGACCAACGGGGACGCGCACGCGGCUGCAGUGGCGGCUGCCGGCCUCAACGGCCACCCUUACCUCUCUAGUUAUAUUUCAAUGCUGCUCAGGGCCGAACCUUACCCGACGUCCCGCUAUGGGCAGUGCAUGCAGCCCAGCAAUAUAAUGGGAAUAGACAAUAUAUGUGAAUUAGCUGCCAGGCUCCUCUUCUCCGCCGUCGAGUGGGCCAGGAAUAUACCUUUUUUCCCUGAUCUCGAAAUGACAGACCAAGUAGCUCUUCUGCGACUCGUCUGGAGCGAAUUGUUCGUGUUAAAUGCUUCUCAGUGUUCAAUGCCUUUGCACGUUGCGCCUUUGCUGGCAGCAGCGGGCCUUCACGCCUCCCCGAUGGCCGCCGACCGAGUUGUGGCCUUCAUGGACCAUAUCCGCAUAUUCCAAGAACAAGUGGAAAAGCUCAAAGCGCUUCAUGUAGAUUCUGCCGAAUAUAGUUGUCUCAAAGCAAUAGUUCUAUUCACUACCGACGCUCCAGGUCUGAAAGACGUGGGGCACAUCGAGUCCCUGCAGGAGAAGUCGCAGUGCGCCCUGGAGGAGUACUGCCGGACCCAGUACCCGAACCAGCCCAACAGAUUCGGGCGACUUUUACUCCGGCUCCCGUCCCUCCGAACGGUGAGCUCGCAGGUCAUCGAGCAGCUCUUCUUCGUGCGACUAGUCGGCAAAACGCCCAUCGAGACCCUCAUCAGGGACAUGCUCCUCAGUGGCAGUAGUUUCAAUUGGCCCUACGUCAACUCCAUGUGACACCAAGUAUGGAGGCAGCUCGCUUCCCCUUAGGCUUUAGCUCGUCCCCGACCGCAGACGAACCCUUAGUUUUCCCCAGUGGCGUGGCGUGAAUAAUCCAUUAUCGAUAUCUCGCCAUUUAAAACUAUGCUAAGGAAUCGAUUACUAAAGUGUUCGCUUCGAAAACCCUGAUAAUCGAUCUUUUUUCAUAGGUUUAAAUAUGGCAUAACAAUCGAUUUAUCGCAAUUCACGCCACGCCACUGGUUUUCCCGCAAACUCACUUCAUCAUACAUUGUUGAAAAUCGAAGACAAAUCGAGAGCCUUUUUUAUUUAUAAUGAAUAGAUAAUUUUUACCAGGCCGAAGUUUGGGUUCUUUGCGCCGGUGGAUUAUUCAAAUACUGCAAAAUAUGGCAACGUUUCCAAUCACACGGUUUUAAUUUCAAUGAUUUUUCUUCUUACAAUAAUUGGAAAUGCUGUUUUAAAUUCAAACAUCCAAGGCACAGAUAAAUUAUGGGACACCGUAACUCACGAUCAGACCAAAAAAAAACCUAAAUUCCUACAAUCUAUGGAAAAAGAAAAUAUUAAGAAAUCACGUCUGCUUCCUUUACGAUACCGGUGAUAUCCAUUUCAUCAUAUUUUCCAGUCCAGUAAAAUCUAAAAUGUUAUCGCCUGAACACUGUUACAUUACAUAGACGACUAAGCAAAGGGAGAGGUCUGAAAAAUAGCGAUCUGAACUGUUGUUCCGUGUCUGUAUUUAUUAAUUUAUUUUUAUUUUUUUUUCUAGUUACCUCACUUGAUGCUCAUACAUAGUUGCUAGGUUGUAUGAAACAAUUGCCCAAUUUUUCUUGUGCUCAAGAAAAAUUUUUGGCGUUUGAUAUUUUGUUCAAUGUGACAUUUACACCUCGCUAAACAACUUGCAUUUCUCUUCGACAUUUGAUUAAAAGAAGAAAAUAAGAUAGGAUUUUCUCAUUUAUUUCACGGGAGUUGAAGUUAUGUGACACUUACAAAAAUUGGGGCUUUAGGGCCGCGGUGUUGUUACUCAUUUUAAACCGUAACUCUAAUGUAAAGUAGAAUUCCUUGAGAAAAUUUUCAUAAUUAAAAGUUGCAUUAGAACGCGGCAGCCUUUUGAAAUUUAGUCCGUAGUCAAGGCUUCCCCUGAAAUAAAUGAGAGUGCAGAGUCAGGCACAUGCUUUAAAUUUUGAAAAAUUGUCCUGUAAAAGUAAGCACAACGAAAAACAUAGCAACGAUUAGAACGAAAGCAAGAAGUAAUUCAAAAGUACCCCACAAAAUAUGUAGCUACCUCUUCCUCAAAAGAUUUUAAUAUUUUUAGGGUUUGAAAUAAAAAAAUACAAGACACUUGAAGUCAUGCUCUAAAUUGCCUUAAAAAUCAAAACUUGAUUAAAAACUAGAGAACAGUAAAAGUAUGAGUCUUCUAGCUGUGGCCUGGAGGAAUUUUUAAUACCUGAAGUAGCAUUUUCAGAAUUUUUCUCAAGUCAACUUCAGGCAGCAUAAAGGGGACACUGCGAACCUAGAAUUACUGUGUUCUACAUUUUGAUAGUAGGUACGAUACUUCUUAAACUGAUGUGCUUACGAGAGGAGCUCAACAUUUUUGAGGAGAAGUCAAGGUGUUAAUGUACCUGUGCGUCUACGUAGCCAAAGAAUCACUCUAAAUUAAGGAAAUUGAACAUAAACUUUAUAAAACUUAGCCUAUGAAUAUUUCAUUUUGUAUUGAAAGUGUAUAAAUAAUUAAUCGUUGUGUAAAAAAGACAUAGUCUCUUGAGUGAGCUUGAAACAUUUCCCUAUACCCCGUACCUUCAUUGUAUAAUCUUAUUCAGCUAGGAUGACAUGUUUGUGUUCAUAAUAUCAUCAAAGCAUGUGGAAUUUGUAUGUAUGUCACUGACAAAUGUUCUACUUCUGAAAUAUGUCUAACAGUGAUGAUAUUGUAAAAGUAUGUUUGUCUCUGUGAGAACUCAUUUCAUAUAAGUGGUAAAACCAACAGAAUGUUCAGGUAAUUAAUUCAGAGUAUAGUUAGGCAUGAAAAGCAUUUUAUGAAUUGUUUUGGAAAACAAAUCGGGAGAUUAUUAAAUGAGAUUUUUCAUUUCUCAAUUUCAUUAAAUUAAUGUGUUUUGGUCAGAAUUCCAAAGGAAAUGGCUAUUUAAAAAAAUUAUAAAACAUUAGGAAAUAACAUGCAAAAAUGGCUCCGAGAAGAGCGAAUUACACACAUUUGAAAAGAAAAAACAACGUACUGUAAAAAAUCCUCUCCUUCUCUCUACUUUUGACGCCCAAUGAAAAAAUUACUCGUUUCAAAACUCGGUUCAACACCAUACUAGUGCCUUAGCUUAGUUUAAGAAUAUCAGGAACAUUUUAAUUAUCAGAUUUGUAAUAAAAUAAAACUUCUCCAGCAUUAAAUAAUUAAUGAGUAUGGUGAGUGGGAAAAAACACAAGAAGGAUUGAAAAAUAAUGUUAAAUCUUUAAUAUACUUCUUUUCAUACUGUUUUCAUUCUUUUCAAUCGUCAAUUCGACGCAUUCGAAGAGAAAAUGUAUUUUAGGCGAGCAAAAUUAUCUUCCUAUCACCAAUUCUUUCAAAAUCGAGCAUCCUCAUGAUUUUAGCACCAACAUGUUACCUGUUUCUCAAUGGUAUACAGAUAAAAUUCACUGUAGGAUAAAAGUUUCAAGGAAAAACUGUCCCCAGGUUUUAUCAGGUUUGCUUUCUCUUUACAAAAACUUAUAUUUUUAAUCAUAUUUUGGUUCUGUACUAGUCCGGGAGGUAGCUGUCAUUUUGGUGUCCCGCUCCAAAAUGGACAAAUCGUUGAAAAUCCACAGAGCUUUUCUCCCUGAUCUCAAAACCCAUUGUCGGCCCAAAGCAGACUUGCGGGCCGAUUAUUGAAAUUGAUAGACAAAGCUAUAGACAAAGCUAUAGACAAAGAAUACAUAGGGGGUAUAAAGCAAUCCUAUUGGUUGAAAUAGGUGGUUCUCAUAGACUUACGGGGAAAAUGAUAGGCUAACUGUCGGAUCUCUCGUGGGUUGCCGUUAGUUAGUCUAUUACCUACCUCCUUUGUCCAUUGCAACCACCCGCUUCUACCAAUAGAAUCCCUCCAAAUCCUUGUUGUCUUCUUUGUCUAUUGCUUUGUCUAUCAAUUUCAAUAAUCAGCCCGCUGGGGCGCUCUAUCGUAGUGAAACCUCCGGGCAAACCUUCUGCAGCUGUGAAACAGCCCAGCUCCACUUAGGUCGACGACAGGUUUUCAGAUCAGGAGAAAAAGUUACAUUCAAAAAACGUUGUUGCCCUCAUUUUGAGAUGAGACAUUUUUCCGGCAUUUUCGUCACGUUUAGAGCUCUACUGGUGGUAGAAAGUUCCAGGUGCGGUUUGACAAAAAACAGGUUUUGAUAUCAGGGAAAAAAGCCCUGUCGAUUUUCAAAAAUUAAUCCAUUUUGAAAAGGAACACCAAAAUGGCAGGAACCGUAAGGACUAUAAGGUAAACUCCUUUAAAAAAAAGAAAAA